GGCAAUACAAAGCACAAAACCAGCAAAGAGUGCGCUUCUCUCUGAAGGAAGAGUUAAGGGGAUGGGCAGCAAUUCUUUCCAAAACUCAAAAAAGUAUGAACAAGAUUGCCAGCUCAUUAAUUCCUACUGUUCAGGUAAUAGAGGCAAUGUUGUUAGCAGCAAGGAAAAUCUUUCAGAGAUCCUUCUUAGGAGCCCACACGAAUUAAAGCUUCUUCGGUACACUUAUGGUGCUCUGUACAAUCAAGAUCUUCUUCAUGUCACCUCAAAGGCACAAAGGGUUGACCCAUAUUUGAGGGCAGCCUUUCUUCGGAUGAGUGAACCACAAAUUCGGGAUGCAGAGAUAAUGAGGAAUUCACUUUAUGGAGCAAGCUUGAAUAUCAGCACCCUCGUUGAGGUUGCGUGCACCCGAUCAUCAUCAGAACUGCAAGUGAUUAAACAGGCAUACAGUUCCCUAUACAAUUCUAAGAUAGACCAAGAUGUUGCACUCAAGGUUAAUGGCGGAUUCAAAGAGAUAUUGCUGGCAGUUCUGAGGUCAUGCCAAAACUACAGCGGCAAAGUCAGCACGAGUAUGGCCAUGUGCGAUGCCAAGACGCUCUAUGAAGCAAUGGAGAGCGGGAAAAUGGUCGACCAGAAGACCAUGGUUUCGCUCGUAAGCCAGAGAAACACUAGUCAAGUGAAAGCGAUCCUCGUCUCCUACAAACAACUCUAUGGCCACGAGUUCGCUCGCUCGCUCAAGCGAAGCAAAUGUGGGCAGUUCGGGAAGGAACUUCGAUUCGUCAUCCGAAGCAUACAGCAUCCAGAGAAGUUCUUCGCGAAGCAACUGAGGAUGAAGAACGGGGAUGCUCGCGAGAUUUUGAUCCGAAUUGUGAUCACCCGGUGCAGCAUAGACCUGAAGGACAUAAGCAGGGCUUACACUGCCAAAACAGGCGUCUCCCUGGAGACUCUGGUGUGGAAGGAGUUCAAGAGUAGCAAGGACAAGGCCAAUGCUGUUGUAGCUGACAUCUUGGUUAGACUGCUCAAGGGAGGUUCAUGAUACUCUUUGAUCGUUGAUGGGUUUUGUGAUUGUGAUUUAUGCAUGUGAUUGGGUCUUGAAUCUGAAUUAUUAUAAGUUAGGGUUUGCAAUGCUGCUUGUGGAAUCCAAAUUGUGCAAUAGAUGUUGUAGUCAUAUGUUUUCUGAAAUGUUAUUUAGACACUCGAGUUUGUGAUGAUAUUUUACAUUGAUGCUUGUAUAUGUGUGUCAGAUUAAUAUAAA